CAAAAGAGCCCGCCCGUCAGCCUCUUACGGAGGGAGGGCCCCAGCCCAUUUCCCUUCCCUUCCCAACUCACUCUCUCCGCCCCCCUUGCUGUCUCUGCCAAUAUUGCUCCUCCCUCCCUGAUUACCAACACCCAUCGACGACGACACGACACGACCACGGCCGCCAUCACAACGACGACGACGACGACGAUCCUCGAGGCCGCGCUGCUCUGCUACUGCCCACCCAUUACUCGAGCGCGGGUCGUCGUCUCCUUCGCACUUUUGGCAGCGCCGCUCGUCGCGUGCUGUGUCUACACCCUGAGGCAUUUGGGCUUUCGCCCCCGACUCCAACCAGCGGCCAGUCACGCUACAUCCUCCUGUGUCUCGGUCCCCGUUGUGCCAGGGCCUGCCUGAAACAUCAGCACAAUCUGCGCCAUCACCAUCUCACGCCGUCGACCUGUGCUCUCUUUCCCUCCUCAACCGCCAUCGCCCAUCAUCACCCAUCAUCCUCGUGCAGCAGUCUUUUUUUCCCGCCCCGAGCGCUUCGCCGACAGGCUUUCCAUCGCCGACAGCAGCCCCGUACCGCCCUCGAUUUGCCUCCGGUCGAAAUCCGCCACUCGGUCAAUCCGGAGGCACAAGACUGCUCUUUGCCGUUGCUCCGCAAUCACGGCAUCGAGUCCUGCAGCAAACACGACGCCGCUAGUUGCAUCAGCCUGGCUGUUGCAUCGGUACGUGGAUUCCGCUCCCCUCUCCCAAGGGGGGAAUACGUGCGCCCGAUCAGCCAUCCGUGACGGCGCCCAAUUUCACCCUGAAUCCGCCGCCCUUGCUCCUCAUCGACAACCGCCUACGAUCUCGCCGUCAACAACUGCCAUCCGUCGUUACGGCCGCCCAGCAUGAGGGAGGUCAACUUCAGCAUCCCCAACGUCAACAAGGCGUCGGUGGGCAUCACCACCGCGCUAUACGACCGUCGCGCCCUUGACUGCACGUCGACACUACCGCUCAUCAACUCGCUCAACCAUCUUGCCUACCUCACCACAUCCUCCGCUCGGAUCCGCGACAUCCUCACCGUCGAUGGCGGCAUCGAACGUCUUGUUUGCAUCCUCAAGCAGGGUCGCAGUAAGGAUAUGAUGGGCAUGUGGAAAUGGAACCUGGCUUUCCAGUGCGUCGUCAAUAUCGGUGUUCGUGGUACCGAGAAUGUCCGCACCCGAGUCGUUGAGGCAGACAUGGUACCCGUCAUUGCCACCAUUCUCGAUAAUUACAUCAAAGUCAUCGAGAAGUGCCGCGAAAAGGCCGAAGAGGCUAGUCAAAAACAGUUACAUGACCAUCACCAUCGUCGGCAUCGCGGCCACGACCGGAGUUCGCCGAAGACAUCCGCGUCUUUUACCAGCCGCGCAGUGCGCCCCGAGCUUGACCAGAGAAGCGCCCGACGGCAUGGGCCACCUCCUUCCAUUGACGUCUCUGCUAGCUUUGCCGGCCCAUCGUCCGCCGGGGGGGCGUCUGGGUCCGAGGCUGCCACAGCCGGCCCCGCCCCUGCGAGGAGCGCCGUGGCUACACCAGAACGUCCCGUGACAACCCCAAGUCGCCAUCGGCACAGCUUUCGCGAAUCCACUGCUCGCUUGCCAGCGACCGUCACCCCUGGUCAGCUUUUGCAACCGCUGGCAACUCCCGGUCAGGGCAGAGAUGUUAUGGGCAACUUCGUUCGGCCGGUCCGCGAUAUUGACCGUCUAGCUUCGAUGGCGCCUUUCGCCCACACAGACGCUGCAUCUCAGCCAACCUCGCCGACGACACCUCUCCCGCCUCCCCAGCUCCGUUCGCCAACGGUGCGGCCCACCAACAACAUGGACGCCUCGAAUCGACAGCGGCGUAGGCCCUCCAUCAGACAUCAAAACUCCACCGUCGAAGGGGACGACUUGAACGCGGAUAGCAUGCCGUCUGACGAGUCACCAGACGCUGAAAUGACUGGAACCGCAGAUAUUCAGUCAGCCGUCGGCAUUCAGGAUAUCUCAAUGGAGGAUGGCGAGAGCAUGUUGACUGGCUCCUCAUUGGAGCUGACAAACCCGACAGUAUCAGAAGCCCAUCAAGACGCCGGCACGUUCAACAUCACCCAUCGUGCGCCAAUUGAUGGCAGCAUCGGCAAUAAUGCAAACACUGCACCCGUCGCGCCCAUGGGUCUGUCCCCCAACCGCCCUGCCAUGGUCACGCCGCCACAACCAACCGCACCCAACUCGACAGUACCCCGCUAUCUGCUUGAUCGUCACUAUACUCCCAAUCAGCACAUGCUCGCCGCAAUGCCUCGGGAAGAGGACGUGCUCAUGUCGCUGCAGCUUCUGGCUUACGUAUCCAAGUAUUGUGGGCUGAGAUCGUAUUUUCAGCAAAGCCACCUCGUUCCAAAGCUCGCCAUUGGCAAGGACCUUGAUCUUCUCGACGGUGAAGAAGACAGCUCGGACGCUUCUCACAGAGAUUCGGCGGAUGAGGAAUACUUGCUGCCCAAUGACUUCAACCUCUUUCCCCUCGUUGAGAAGUUCACCGUCAGGUACCACAGCACCGAUAUGCAGUAUUGGGCGGGCGUAGUCAUGCGGAAUCUCUGCCGCAAAGACGAUACCCGCGGCGGCAUCCGGCAAUGCGCCUACUACCAAUGCGGAAAAUGGGAGGAGUACACACGACAGUUUGCGAAGUGCCGACGGUGCCGACGCACCAAGUACUGCAGCAAGGAGUGCCAAAAGAGCGCCUGGGCCUUCCACCGCCAUUGGUGUGUUGCUGCGUCGCAAUGAGAGCUAUGGGGGCUAUCGGCGACUGCGUACAUCUAUCUGGCGGCCCAUGCCAGGAAUGAUGGCCCCCGCAUGGCGUUUGAUUUUUUGAUUUCGCUCGACAGUUCACUGAAGGUUGCGACUGCAUAGCAAAACACAGCGUCUGAACAGCGCGUAACGGCAUUUCCUCUCGAUACCACGGGUUUUAUGGCGUCCAGGGUCCGCAUCGGCAUUCGUGGGAGAAUCACCUCAAUCGGGGGUUCUCCUGUAUGGGUCUGUCUCAUUGUCGCUGUGGCUUCGGCCGGCCAUCGACCUCUCGCACCAGCAUUGGAUCCAUCGGGUGGCACUGGCAUUGAGAAAGCACCGAUUAUCACCUCUAUAUACAUAACUACGGAUCUACAAAUACAUUAGCACUUACUCUGCAGGUCCCGGCUCGCUGCGCCUGUCGAUGGACCUUUUCGGCACGUAUAAGGGACCGCCUCGUUGUGGCAGGGAUGGCAGGUACAAAGGAAACAACACGGCGAGGCAGUGGGCGCAACUGCGCCAAGGAGAAGCACGGGAGAGGGUAGUCAUCGAAAGUCUUUACAUAUUCCUUAACGUCCUAGAGAGAACAACGACCUCAUGAAGCACACCACGAACACGCGUCCAGGAUUGUAGUCUCAUGCGUGUACGUAGUAGCUCGCAAGAAUUUACACACAGCCUGCUUCCUUUGCC